CUUUCGUAAUAACUGUAGCUAGCCAAUAGACAAGCGCCAGGUGCCUUUUUCAUGGAUCGGACAAUGGCAAAAGGGAGAGCAGCCACGAUAUUUUCAAUUGUGCUGUUGGCUAUAGCGUGUCUUCAUUCUGUCGUGGGGGUCAAGGUCCACACGGAGGUUACGUCCUUGAACGAGACCGCGCACCACGAUGACGACAUCGUCGAGGAGAAUGAGGUGUCGCUCUCUCAUGAAUCUGAAAACAAAACUGACGAAUUUCUUCAUGAUCAUCCGCACAAUUUUUAUGGAAAACCAACGAAAUUCGACAUUCACGUGGAUGACAAAGCAAAUUAUCAGAUCGAGCCUACAAGGAUGGCCAACGUUACUGCUAAUCCAAUUGAAAUAAAUUCAACGAUCGAUCACUUUCUACCAAAUUCGAGCGAAUGCAGAGGAAAGCUUACAGUCUCCUGUAUACGGAAGGACUUUUCGAACUUUUUAGAUCAACUUUCGAGGGUUGACACCUAUAACGUAACGGAAUCUGUACAAAUUGUAAAAAAUCCUGAGGCAAACCUACCCGCGUGUGACGAUCGAAAGAGAGACGUUGAUCCGAAUUUGAAUCUUCUGGACAAGGUUCAUCAUUAUGCCAGGACACACGUGAUGAAGAUACGGCUGAACAAGGAUCUGAAUCUCGCCAGCAAAGCCAGGACGUUCUUCGGUUCCGUGUUUCAGGGAAAGAGUACCUUUUUAACAGGAUUCGGGCUUGGUUUUCUAGCAUUUGGUCUCAAGAAGCUCUUGCUACCCUUGUUCUUCGGCGUACAGAUACUUAAGAGCGUGCUACUUGCUCUCUUCCUACCAAGUAUCAUUGGCAGCAUUGGUAAUAUCGUUGGAAAAGGUGUUUCCUCCUUCGCACAAUCUUCGCAUGCCGCACCUGUGGCGGGAUCGGAAGAAAGUUUCGAGUUCAAAGAUAAUGCUGAUCUUUAUAACGACGAUUAUCUGACGCGACAACCAGUAGGCACGUUACCAGCCUCCGCCAUGUAUGACGAGAGCAUGAUGCAGACGCAAAAAACUCCAGAUAUUGCAUCUCGCUACGGAUUCGUUGAUUCGAGAAUAUCUCACGCGAAUGCACUUUCGGAUCGUUAUUACACGCGACACGUGGCUGCUCACGGACUUUCUAAGAAACAGGAUUUUAAGGUCUUCCACGAGAUCCCGACGAGUUCUUUGCUUUUGACGAACUACGACCCGUUCUACUCGCCCCUGCUGUCACGUCUGGACGCCGUUUUCUCUCGUCUCGGCCACAAUACGGAAGGCUGCAGGGAGUACGCGGUGUGCGCGAUGUAUCGAAGUCCCGCGCGUUACGCGCCAUACUCGAAUCUGGUCUCCGCUCAGCUAUCUAGAGAGCUGAACGAAUUGAGGAAACCCAGUAGCGACAAUCCCGACGUUCUGCGGUUCUUCAGAUACAUGAAGGCCGCCAAGGACGGUCAGGACGGCGUCAAGUGCGAAGAGAUCUAUGCGAAUUGUGCGAACGCUCGUGAAGAUCAAAGCUUGAAGCAAAAUCAAGCGAUGCUCGCGACGUACCAAGAUAUUAACAAGCUCGUACAAGCGAGAAAGAUUUGAGAACGUCCUAACUUACUUUCGUUAUUGCUCUUAAUAAUCGCAAAUGCGAAGGAGAAAGGAAGCUUCUCACAUCGUUUCGUGCGAGCUUUAGUAACAGUGGCCUAUAGUUCUGAUUGGAUGCACUAGUGCAAUCGCUGAAAAGUUUUAGCGUUUGCUCUAAUGAUUGAACAUUCGUUCAUAGAUAUUGCGCGUAAGUAAAGUAAGGUAUUCUUAGUGGUGGAUUACUACGGUCGCACGAAGCACACUCGUACGAGGCUUCGAGAUGCAAAGUUUCGCUUUUUCUUUCUUCCAAAAUUAACUAUUUAUUAACUUUUAUACUAAAUUGUAGCAUAAAAAAUAUUUAAAUUUUCAAAAAUGUUUUAAAUUUUAGGUUGCACCUUAGACAAAAGAAUCGGAAAUUGAUUUGCGUUUGAAGCUCUCGAGACAGUCUUAAUCCGCCAUUAUUCGAACCUUCAACUUCUGUAACUAAACUGUAAGCUCUUGAUGUACCAUACACAGUUUCCUGAAUUAUCGUUUGUAGACUCGAUGUCGAUAUUAAGUAUAGCAGCAUGUAAAUAUAUAAUAAAAUCUCAUAAUUAUUAUUGAUUAUUGCUGCAAAAAUUUAGAUUUUAAUUUAUAAUAAUUGGAAUUAAAUAAUAAU